AUGCCUGCAACCUCCAAAGAGUCAUCGCCGUUGGACAAGGUCGUCGUCGAUAGCUUCGAUGCAGCCACAGCUGCUGUCGAGGAUGUGUUGGACUCCUUGAAGAGAAAUGGCGGUUGCGUCAUAAAGAACUUCAUGAGCCUGGAAGAUGUCGACCAGGUGAUUUCUGACGUGCAUCCGUACCUUGAGGCGGAUGAGCCUUGGGAAGGCGACUUCUUCCCGAAGGAAACACGAAGAGUCUUUGGCCUUGCUGCAAAGUCGCCUUUGUACAUGGAGAAGAUCCCGGGGAACCCAUUAUACAACUCCGUCUGCCAGAAGUUCCUAUCCACCGAGACUACCACCUGGGUCGGCAACAAGCAAGUAACAGACAUCUCCCCGCCUCAAAUCAACUCGGCUGUCGUCAUUUCCAUUGGCCCCGGUGCCAGUGCCCAGCCUCUCCAUCGCGAUGACUCGUUGCAUCAUAAUAAGAAACCACAGGUCACGCUGAAGGAGUAUACAAUGUCCCGCGAGACAGCUGUCGGUGUCUUUGUUGCCGGCACGAAAAGCACCAAGGCGAAUGGUGCUACUAGAUUCAUCCCCGGCAGCCACAUGGAUGAGUCAUUGUCCGGCCCGGGUGACGAGAACAAGGUGGUCUAUGCGGAGCUGGAAAAGGGCGAUGCGUUUUUCAUGUUGGCAUCAUGUUACCAUGGAGGAUCGGCCAAUACCACCACGGACCAGAUGCGGGUUAUAUUUGGCAUGUUCAUGACCCGAGGGUACCUGCGACAGGAAGAGAACCAGUUCCUUGCGAACCCCAUGGAUAAGGUCCAGAAACUGCCGAUACAGACGCAGAAGCUGCUUGGGUAUUCAGUCAGCGCUCCGUUCCUAGGCUGGGUAGAUCUCAAGGAUCCCAUUCACGUUUUAAAUGGGGAGACAGGGACGUAUGACUUGGAUCCUGCUCUAGCAGCUGCUCCUGUACCUGAAUCUUAA